AAACCAAGCAAAUACAUGGCUGCAGUCAGCAAAGUGUUCUUUUAAACUCGUGAUUUUUGCAAAUUUUUCCAACACAUGGGGUGUGCAGAGUUGUUCCAGCAAUUCCCAUCUCCCCAUGCUUUUUACAAAUGUUUAUAAACCUGCAACCUCAGCUCAUGUUAUCUCAGUGCGUUCUUUCUCACCUAAACUACUAUGUUCUAGGAGACAUACCGAGAAAAAAAGAAAAGAAAAAAACAGCCAAAGGAGGUAUUUUUCCUAUUCAGGAAUAAUCCUUGCUGUGUUAUGAGAUCCAGAGGGAACAGUGAACAACUGCCUUCACAAACGGCUUGUUAAUCACACAGAGACAAAAGGAGACACGACUUUAUUUCAUAUAUCAGCCCCCCACCACCACCACCCCAUUCGACAUACAAAAACCUAUUGACACUUUGUCACUUAUUCUAAACCAAGACUCGGUGCCCUAGGCUGCAGCUUUGUCAGAGGCUAAAUAUCUUCAUGAUUAAUUAUUUCCAUCUAUCCCAUUGCACAGAACUCAACCAAGUAGGUGUAAAAAACAAAAAACACCUUGUGGCACACGUGAAGCACACAUGGCUGUAAAAUAGCCUGCAUAAAGUAUUAAUAUACCAUUACAAUGUACAAUUGUGGUGUAUGGAAAGCAAAAUUAUAGCUUUGAAAUUAAAGAGGGACAUUUGAUACAUUUCAAAUAAUUGUGUCCCACUUCUGGUAAACUCAUCUGUUUUUUGCACAUGCAAUUAUUUUAAACUUUAAAACACACAUGCACACACAGACAACAAAAAACACCUUUCCUCCACUAUGUUGCUCCUUUUUGUUGCUCCAGCUAUAAUUAUCUCAUUGCAGCAGAGUUUAAGACACCGCUAUUAUCACAUUCAGGCAACUGCUGCAGAUCUGCUCACACACAUACCCAGCAUCUGCAAUGAUCCCUCCAGGGAAUGCGGCUGCCCGAGACCGACCCUGGCAGGAACGGGCCCUGAAUAAGGAUGGAAAAAAAGAACCUCUUCCUAAGCCUAUUGCUCUGCUACAAUUUGCUCAGAGCUACCAAUUCUCACAUGGUAAUCGAGGAGAAGACAGAACGCAACCUGUCAAGGAACAGCAAAAUGAACCUGUCAGAUCUCCCACCCAUCUCCAUAGUAGAUUUAACUAAAAGGUCCCAGAGAGUCAGCAGGAAAGAGGCAGAGAACAAGAAAUCUUCCAAGAAAAAAGCUGAACUGAAGAAACCUCCAAAACCAAGGCCCACACCUGCAGCUGACUGCGUGCCAAAUUUCAAAACCUGCAAACCACACUUGAAUUCAUGUUGUAACUACUGUGCCUUGUGCAAAUGCCGAAUAUUUCAGACCAUCUGCCAAUGUCUAACGUUAAACCCAAAGUGCUAAACCAAAUCAGGAACACAUUACGGCUUCUGUCUUUCAUUAGCUUCUCAAGUGUAUAUGUCAAACUGUCUAAUGUGCAUAGCAAUUUAACUAGAGAGCUUUGAAGCUGGUAGGUUGGAUUUGCUCCUCUUCAGUGGACAAUGGUAGUUUUCUUCAUGUGGAGAAUUCUGUCAUAAACAAGAUGGCUUUUUAGUGAGUAGAUAAACAGGGAGAUAAAUAGGCCUUAAACAAGCAUUUUUAGCAAAACUAACCUGCAUUUAAGAAGAAUUCUGGGUUCUUGGUUUUGUUUGGUUUUAGGGUUAUUUGAUUGAUUAGUGGGAUUUUUUGUUUGUUUUUGAAGGGUUCUGUUAACCAAAGAAUUCAGUACAGUCUAACCAGCACUGCAAAACCUGCACCAACAGCACACAGUCACACUGAAAUAGGGCUGGUUAAUCCAGUGAGGGACCAGAGCUUGGGUUUGCCCACAAUGACAGCAGAACACCAGCUUCCAACAGAGCCAAAACAUAAUGCUGAAAAUGCAGAUUUCAGGGUCAACUCCUUCCUCGCACAUUCAGCAAAAAUCAGGACUCAAAUCUAUGUAGGUUACUCUAAUUAAAAGGAUGUACAAAAAAUAAUAAGGCAUUUUUAAUCAUCCCCAGCUGAGCAUCAGUAUCAGUACAUCCACCUCCAGAGUUUUUAGUCAUUCUACCAGUAACCAGUAUGUCCAAGGUGUAUAACCUACACAUAUUCAAACCCUUUAUGUACCUGUGACUCAUGAGUUAAAAAUCAGAAUAUUUCCCCACUUGCAGCUAAAGGAAAAAAGUCCUUACACCAGUCUCCUGCUUCCAGAGACAAAGUUCAUAUCACUUCACUUAGAAUACAAAAGCAGGGACAAAUAACCAGGACUUUGAGGAAGAAAGGAAAGAUAAACAAAAAAUGUGUUGCCCACAUAUGUAUCUUGAAAACCAUUUAAAAGCAAUCAAUUUCUCUUCUGAGUCCACACAUUCAUUCCCUUUAUGUUCAGCUCCCAGCAGCUACCCCAGGCAUGAAUUUAGGUGGUAAUCUCCACAUGCUGCAUGCAACCAGCAACCAUAGGAGAAAAAUUACCUAAUGUUACGUCAACCUUUGAGGGUUCAGAAACAGCUUUGAAGGUAUGGAUGAAGCUCAAGGCGGCAGCAGUAGCAAACAGGUGGCUAGAAACAAGAUAUCUUCCUCUUGAUCUUGAAGCUCUUUGCUUAAUCGUGAUUUAUCCAAGAUGACAUAAUAGGAGAACCCUUCUUGGUUAAACUAGGAGAGAGGUGUAGGUCUUGGAGAGCAAGGAGGAAGCAGACCAGUGUCCAACACUGAAGACUCUUCACAGAAUCAUAGAAUUGUUUGGAUCAUAGAAUUGUUUGGGUUGGAAAGUAUCAUCAAGGAUCAUCUAAUUCCACCCCCCACCCCCAUGUGCAGGGACACCUUCCACCAGCCCAGCCUGCCCACAGCCCCAUCCAGCCUGGCCUCAAACACUUCCAAGCAUGGGGCAUCCACAGCUUCUCUGGGUAACCUGUUUCAGUAUCCCACCACUCUCAGAGUAAAGAAUUUCUUCCUCACAUCUAUUCUAAACCUACCUUCUUUUAGCUUAAAGCAAUUACCCCUUGUCCUAUCUCUACAGUCAAUUCUUUAUCUACUGGAUGGUCCACCCAAAUCCGCAUCUCUCCAAUUCCACUGCCUGUUAAUUUCCUUAUACCCCUGUUUGACCAGCAAGUCUUUGCUCAGCCACGUCAGUUUCCUGCCUUCCCUGCUUGAUUUCUUACACAUGGGGAUACAGAGAGCUCUUACACUCCAAGAACACUCCUUAAAGAGUUGCCAGCACUGAUCAGUUACUCUGCCCCAGUGUCCCAGGAGAUUUCAUCUACUAAUUCUUUAAAAAUCUAGAAGUUUACUCUUCAGAGGUUCAGGGUCCUGACUGCUCUUUGCCAUGCCCGCAUUCCUCGAGAUCAUGAACUCAACCAGGGUGCAGUUGCUGCAGCCCAGGCUGCCUCUGAUCUUAACCUCUUUAAUGAGUUCAUCUGCACUGGUGAGCACCAGGCCCAGUAACACUUCUCCUCUGCUUGGUUUAUCUGACACCUGGACCAGGAAGUUAUCCUUGAUGCACUCCAGGAAUCUCCUGGAUUGCGUACAGCCCGCUGCGUACCUUCUCCAGCAGAUAUCCAGAUGGUUGAAAUCCCCCAUCAGGAUGAGUGUGCAAGCAUGAUGCUUCGUGUAGUUGAAGCAAGAAGGCCUCAUCAACAGCUUCCUCUUGAUCAGGUGGCCUGGAGCAGACCCCAGCCACGAGGUGUCCUUUAUUGAUCCACUCCUUAAUUUCCACCUACAUGCUGUCAACCAGUUUCUCAGAGGCAACCCUUUGCCAUUGUCCUGGUUUCAGUUAGGACAGAGUUAAUUUUCUUCCUAGUAGCUGGUAGAAUGCUAUGUUUUGGCUUAGGAUGUGAAGAGUGCUGAUAACACCCUGAUGGUUUUAAUUGUUGCAGAGCAGUG